AUGUCGCCUCCGGGCCCGGGCCUUUCUCCUGCUGACUCAAGCGGCGCUGGCAGCAGCAGCAGCAGCAGCAGCAACAGCAGCAGCAGCAGCAGCAGCAGCAGCAGAAAGCGCAGCAGCAAGAAGGCCCCCUUGAGCCAGCGAAGCCCCAGCCCGGGGAUCGAUCCCUGGGGCCUCACUUCUUCUCCGCAGCUCACGCAGAUACAGAAGAGCAGCAGCAGCAGCAGCAGCAGCAGCAGAUACAGCAGCAGCAGCAGCAGCAGCAGCAGCGCACAGACGGCGUUGUUCACAAAUCGGAGAAGCAUUCACACUACGCCCAGCAGCAGCAGCAGCAGCAGCAGCAGCAGCAGCAGCAGCAGCAGCAGAUAUUGGAUCGGCAGCAACGAGACUGCUGCUUGGGAUAGUCAAAGCAGAACCCACAGCAGGAAGAGCUGGUGCGCCAGCAGCAGCAGCAGCAGCAGCAGCAGCAGCAGCAGCUGCAGCAGCAGCAGCAGCAGCAGCAGCAACUGGGGCCUCGACAGCAGCAGCAGCUGGGGGUCUGGGGUGAGCUGGCUGGAGCGCUGCAGCACUAUUGCUGCUGUCUGCAGAGUGCCAGCAGCAACCACGCAGCAGCAAGAGCAGCAGCAGCAGCAGCAGCAGCAGCAGCAGCAGCAGCAGCAGCACAGCUGGCAGCAACAAUGGGGCCCAGCUCAGGGGUGGCAGCAGCAGCAGCAACAGCAGCAGCAGCAGCAGCAGCAGCGGCACAGCUGGGCCCCGCAGCAAUAUGCGCAGCAGGGCCAAUCCAGCUGGCAGCAACAAUGGGGCACAGCUCAGGGGUGGCAGCAGCAGCAGCAACAGCAGCAGCAGCAGCAGCAGCAGCAGCGGCACAGCUGGGCCCCGCAGCAAUAUGCGCAGCAGGGCCAAUCGAUUCAGACAGCGGGGGAGCUGCAGCACGGUGACUGGAAGCAGCAGCAACAGCAGCAGCAGCAGCAGCAGCAGCAGCAGCAGCAGCAGCUGAAGCAGCAGCAGCAGCAGGACGCGCGGCUGGCAUCAGCAGCAGCACAGCUGCAGCUGCAGCAGCAGCAGGAGCAGCAGCAGCAGCAGCUACUGCUACAGCAGCAGCAGCAGCUGCAGCAGCAGCCGCCUGAACCACAGCCGCCACAAACUGCCGAAGAACAUCUGCGGAGAUGGCAGCAGCAGCAGGAGCAGCAGGAGCAACAGCAGCAGCAGCAGCUGCUGCAACAGCAGCAGCUGCUGCAGCAGCAGCAGCUGCAGCAGCAGCAGCAGUAUACCAAGCGAGGCUACCAGCAUCAAGCCGACUGGCAGCAGCAGCAGCAGCAACAACAGCAGCACGCAUGGCAGCCGCCGCCGCCGCCGCAGCAGCAGCAGCAGCAAGCCGGCUGGAUGCAGCAGCAGCAGCAGCAGCAGCAGCUAAAUGCUGAACAGCAAGGCUGGCAUCAGCAGCAGCACAGCUGGCAGCUGCGCUCCGAGUGGCAGCAGCAGCAGCAGCAUCAGCUGCAGCAGCAGCAGCAGCAGCAGCAGCAGCAACCCCACCGCGAUCCCUAUGGCUGGGCCCAGCAGCAGCGAGCGUGUGACUCGGAGCAGCAGCUGCUGCAGCAGCAGCAACAGCAGCAGCAGCAGCAGCAGCGCAUGCACCGGCAGUCGUGGCCUCAUCGGCAUAGCCAGUGCGGCUGGGACUACCGGCAGCACAUUGCUCCAUGGAAGCAGCAGCAGCAGCAGCAGCAGCAGCAGCAACGGCAGCAGCAGCAGCAGCAGCAGCAGCAGCAGCAGGAAGCAAGACAUCCAGCAGCUGCAGCUCGCGACCUCUUCGUGACUCGGAGCAGCAGCUGCUGCAGCAGCAGCAACAGCAGCAGCAGCAGCAGCAGCAGCAGCAGCAGCAACAGCGCAUGCACCGGCAGUCGUGGCCUCAUCGGCAUAGCCAGUGCGGCUGGGACUACCGGCAGCACAGCGCUCCAUGGAAGCAGCAGCAGCAGCAGCAGCAGCAACAGCAGCAGCAGCAGCAGCAGCAGCAGCAGGAAGCAAGACAUCCAGCAGCUGCAGCUCGCGACCUCUUUGUGCAUCUCUCCUCCUUUGACGGACUCUUCUCAACACCCGCAGCAAGACACCCAGCAGUCUCCCCAUCAGUUCGAGCAGCAGCUGCAGCAGCAGCGGCAGCAGCAGCAGCAGCAGCAGCAGCGAGCUACGCUGCCUCAGCAGCAGCAGCAGCAGCAGCAGCGGCAGCAGCAGCAGCAGCAGCAGCAGCACAGGUUCCGCUCCUCUGAGGUUCCUUCAUCGAACCCCCAGACGGCGCAGCGUGUGCGGGUAGCGGCGCGGUCUGCCAUACAGCAGGUGCAGCAGCAGCAGCAGCAGCAGCAACAGCAGCAACAGCAGCAGCAGCAGCAGCAGCAGCAGCAAAAUGUAUCGUACAGACGGUCGUCCGUGGGCUGGCUGCAGGGUCUGCUGCUGCAGCAGCAGAGCCCCACCCUUAACCGGCAUGUGAAGGCAGCAGCAGCAACUGCUGCAGCAGCAACUGCUGCAGCAGCAAGAGCAACACCACCUCCAACUGCAGCAGCAGCAGCUGCUGCAGCAGCGAAUGGAGCUGCAGCUGCAGCAGCAGCGCCAGCAACUGCUGCAGCAGCAGCAGCAUCGCCGCCAGCAGCAGCAGCAGCUGCAGCAAAAGCUGCAGUACCACAGCGAGCUGCUGCUGCUGCAGCACGAGCUGCAGCAGCUGUUGCAGCAGCAGGGGAGGCAAUCAGGCCGGCAGCAGCAGCAGCAGCAGCUGCUGCUGUGCCUGCUGCUGCCACGCAUGCAGGUGUAGCAGCAAAGCCAGCAGCAGCAGCAGUAGUACCAGCAGCAACAGCAGCUCAAUGCUGCAGCAGCAGCAGCAGCAGCUAUUGCAGCAGAACCUGCUGA